CCUCUGUAUGUCCCCAUGUGCAUCCUGCAACAUACUAUCGUAACGUAGUGGCCAUCGGUGCAUCGGGCCGUCGGUGGUGUUGGUGAUGCCUCCAGGGGUAUAUAUACGACGAGCGCUGCGGGGCUUGAUAAACACUUGCCCAUCAGCGAUUACUGCCGCAGCAUGUACACGUCAUUGGUAGCCUUGAUCGUGUUGGCAGCCUGCGCCGCGGCAGCGCCUGCCGACGAGCCGAUACCGAUCGUCAGCCAAAGUCAGGAGGGUCCCAAUCCGGACGGGUCGUACAAGUGGAGUUACGAGACCGGUAACGGUAUCAAGGCCGAGGAGGAGGGCCACGUGGAGGAUGCUGGCACCGACGACGAGGCGAUGAAGGCGCAGGGUGGCUUUAGCUACUCGAGCGACGACGGCCAGGCGAUCUCCUUGACGUAUGUGGCCGACAAGAACGGCUUCCAGCCGGUAGGCGCUCAUCUACCCACUACGCCGGAAAUCCCGCCGCUGAUACUGAAGGCCCUCGAGUGGAACGCGGCACAUCCGUCCAAGGACGACGAGAACCAGGUGUAAAACGGCCUGACCGGCGCCGCCGUCCGCUAUGUGAUCUCACGAGUAAUUAAUAUCCCGCCACGAGAAUGGAAGACGAGCCACGAUAACAAACCCCACGGUGACGCUGGACGACGACGAGUGUUGCCGUCGCCGCCCCCUCGAAAACAAACACGAACUGCUCUGGUUCAAAUUGUUGUAAAUAUUUAUUGUACGCGACAUUAUGCACACGCGCACGCAUGCAUAUUUUAUUAUAUUGUAUUGUAUUAAUAUAUAAUAUAUAUUUGAAGAGAAAAGCAAAACAUGUACCACGACUAUGUAAUUGACUCGUAGCUAGGUAUGUGUGUCACGGUGCAUUAAGAAUAAACGUUGCAUCCCAGGAGA